AUGAAUAUUGGAAUUGUAGGUGCAGGAUUAGUUGGUUGUUUAUCAGCAUUAGCUUUCACAAAGAAAGGUUAUAAAGUUAGUUUAUUUGAAUUAAGGCAAGACUAUAGUAGUCUGACUGAAAGAAGUUUAAAAUCUAUCAAUUUAGCUGUUAGUAAUAGAGGUUUACGGGCAUUAAAAGAAAUUGAUGAAUUUAUUCAUGAUAAGGUUUUAGAAAAUGUUAUUCCCAUGAAAGGAAGAAUGGUGCAUACUGAUAAACUUGAAAGUCAGUUAUACGGUUUACAUGGUGAAGCUAUAAAUUCAAUAGAUCGUGGUUUAUUAAAUGACAUUUUAAUAAAUGAAUUGAAAAAAUUGGGUGUUGAGAUUUAUUUUGAACAUAAAUUAAUUAAAUUAGAUCCAGAAGGUAAUAUUUCAUUUAUAAAUCAUGGUCAUAUGAAAAAUUUUAAAUUUGAUUACUUAAUUGGUGCUGAUGGUGCCCAUUCGCAGUUUAGAUAUCAAUUACAAAAACAUUGUAGAAUGAAUUAUAGUCAAAAAUAUAUUGACAUGCAAUAUUUGGAAUUGUAUAUACCUCCAAUUAAUGGUGGGUUUGCAUUUGAUAAAAAUCAUUUACAUAUUUGGCCAAAGCAUAAUUUUAUGUUAAUUGCAUUACCAAAUACUGAUCAUUCAUUUACAUCGACUUUUUUCAGUCCUUGGAGUGUUAUAGAAGGGUUAGAUACUAAAGGAUGGUUGGAAUUUUUUAAGAAGGAAUUCCCAGAUGCUUAUGAUUUAAUUGGAGAAGAACCUUUAAUAUCUGCUUUUGAAAAUAAUCCAAGAGGAUCACUCAUGCAAGUUGAAUGUUAUCCUUAUAGUCAUAAGAAAGCUAUUAUUAUUGGAGAUGCUGCACAUUCAAUGGUUCCAUUUUAUGGUCAAGGUAUGAAUUGUGGAUUUGAAGAUGUUCGUAUUUUAUUCGAGCUUAUUGAUGAAUUUGGUAUUGAUAAAGGGUUUGAAAAAUAUUCACCAUCAAGACAUGAAGAUUUAAAAGCAAUUUGUAAAUUAGCAUUAGACAAUUAUCAUGAAAUGAGUUCAAGAGUGGUUAGUUUAAGGUAUUUAAUUAAGAAAAAUUUAGAUUACACAUUAGGCAAAUUUUUCAGUUGGUUACCAUUAUACACCAUGGUUUCAUUUAGAGAUGAUAUACCAUAUUCCAAGGCAAUUACUAUAUCCAAAAGACAAGAUAGCAUACUAAACGCUAUUACAACUUCAUUCGCCGUUGGCGUAAUAUUUUUUGGUGUAAAAUUAUAUAAUCGCAUUGAAAAAAUUUAUUCUACGAAGUAAAUGAUAAAAUAUACAACAAGAUCAAUACAUACUAGAUCUUUUCUACUUCAAAACCAAUCACCAUUAAAGGUGUUUUUAGACACUUUCAAACAAGAAGUCAAAAAAUCAAAUGAACUAAAGCAAAACAUAAAAGCUUUACAAGAUGAAUCUGGUAGAAUGGCUGAAUCAGAAGCUUUUAAAAGAGCAAAAGAAGCUUAUGCAAAAGCUCAAAAGGGAUCAUCUGCUGCUGGUAAAGUAUUGAAAAAAACUGGUGAGACUAUUGGUGAUACUGCUUAUAAAGCUUGGGAAUCUCCUGUUGGUAAAGGUGUUCGUACAACUGUGAGAGUCUCUUCAGAAGCGGUAGACAAAGCUUUUGAACCGGUUAGAAAAACUCAAAUAUAUAAGGAUGUUAGUGAAGUAAUAGAUGAUGGUAGUUCAACUGCUUAUGGUGGGUUUUUAACUAAAGAACAAAGAGAAAUUUUAAGACAAAAAGAGUUGCAAAAAAAAUUAGCCAAAGGCUAUCAAGCACCAGUUAGAGAAAAUCAAGAAGCUGGAGGUGAAUUAAUAGCAACUGAACAUAAAGCUUCUGGACCUUCAGUUGGUGAAAAAUGGGAAGAUUUUAAAUUAAAAUCACCAAUUGGUAAAUUAAUUUCUAUUUUACAAGAAAAAUGGGAAGAAAGUGAAAAUGGUUUAAUUUCAUUAAUGCGUACAAUAGUUGAAAAAGUUACUGGAUUUUUUGCUGAAACUGAACAAGCUAAAACUAUUAAACAAUUUAAAAUGAUGGAUCCAUCUUUUAAAUUAAUUGAUUUUCAAAAAACUUUAACAAAUUAUAUAGUACCAGAAAUUGUUGAUGCUUAUAUAAAAAAUGAUGCUAAAACUUUAAAACAAUGGUUUAGUGAAGCUCCUUUUAAUGUAUGGGAAGCAAAUAAUAAACAAUUCAUUCAACAAGGAUUAUAUUCAGAUUCAAAAAUAUUAGAUAUUAGAGGAGUUGAUAUAGUUACAUGUAAACAAUUACAACCAAAUGAUAUACCAGUUAUAGUUGUUUCAUGUAGAGCACAAGAAAUUCAUUUAUUUAGAAAAGCAAAAACAAAUGAAAUUGCGGCAGGUACAGAAGAUCAUAUUCAAAUGAGUACAUAUGCAAUGGUAUUAACAAGAAUACCAGAAGAAUUUGAUAAUAAGACAACAGAUGGUUGGAAGAUUAUUGAGUUUGCAAGAGGUGGAUCAAGACCAUUUCAUUAA